AGAAAAAAAGAUUGCCCCGUUAACUCCUGCGGGUCAAGGUGCUUUGAAAUCAGGAAGUAAACUGUGGUGUUUGUUAUUAUGUCUCUUAUAAACCUUCUGGCGGAUUUUGACCUGAUGAUCUAACCUGUUACCAAAAGAAAUACGGUAUCCACUACAAGAUAUUUGUGAUGUGAUCUCAAGCAUUGAAGCUCAACUACAAAAAUGCCUGAUCAUCUUCAUCCCGUUCAACAGUUGUUCCUUGCCAUGGAAAUGGUCCCCAUGGAAGAUCAUGCUAGCAACAACAAUAACCAGAAUUCACUCUGGCAACUUCGAGAUAGACUUUUCCAAGUACUCUUUGAAAGGGCUACUCUUAGUUAUGCUUCAAUUUUUCCUCCAGGUGUUCGAAAACUCAUGGAAGUAGGAUUAUUAACUCUUGCUGUGAUAUCUCUUUUUAUCCUUGUAUAUGUUCACUUUGCUUUUGUGAAAACUCCAGUAAAUUGUCUUGAGAAAGAAAUUCGUACAUGGUCCAGGGAGGGUGUGCUCAGGAUAGAAAUUUCUACUGAAGAAACGACGACACAAAGAUUUAAUCUUUCAAUAUUCUACAAUAAUAGCAUAGCGAGCCAUUUAGACAGAAUACGGCAGGAACAAAAAACUUACUAUGAGCUAUUAAGAAAGAAGAAAGCCAUGCAGAGAGCUAUGCAGAAAGCUGCACAGAAUGCCAUGCGGGAGGCUGUACUGAAUAAUAACCAGAUUGUGAUGCCAUUGAAUAAAAUUUCGGAAUUAAAGAAGAAGUCGGAUGAAGAUUUUGCAAUGGAGUUUUUAAAAGCUUAUAGAAAUCCAAUCUUUGUUAAUGGAACAAUUCUUAACAAAAAUAGUAUUUCUGAUCCAGACUGUUUUACACCAUUGACGACUACUAUAUCCGAGACAGAAUAUUUCGAAAAUAAAGUGUGGCAUUUUGAUAAGUAUAUAAUUGAAUACUCGUUGGAAUAUGGAUUCUUACGACUAUCUCCUGGUGCUAGACAAAAUACGUCAGUUAAAGUACAUACUGUUAUUUUAGAUCCACUUAAGCAUAAAUGUUUUGGGAAUGAGUUUAGCCGAUUCCUUUUGCAACACGUCUUGGGGUACAAUGAUAUUUUAAUGGGUAGUUUAAGGUACUUGGUUGAUAGAGAUCAAAGCAAAGGUUUUGUGAGGAAUGUUAUCACUGGAGACCAGUACCGAUUUGUAGAUAAAAGUGCGACAUGGACAGCAUAUUUGUCAGCAGCAGUUUUUAUGAUUAUCUUUACUCUCUCAGUUUCUAUGCUGCUGAGAUACUCUCAUCAUCAAAUAUUUAUCUUUGUGGUUGAAUUACUCCAUAUUAUGGAAGUGAAUACCGUUACAUUUCCUGCUGCUCCUUUACUGACUGUUGUUUUGGCCUUAGUUGGCAUGGAAGCUAUCAUGUCUGAGUUUUUCAAUGAUUCAGUGACUGCUUUCUACAUUAUAAUCAUUGUAUGGAUGGCUGAUCAGUUUGAUUCUAUAUGUUGUCGCACUGCUGUUUCGAAAAAGCAUUGGUUAAGGCUGUUCUAUUUGUACCAUUACGCCUUCUAUGCUUACCACUAUCGCUUUAAUGGUCAGUACAGUUUCUUGGCCCUGGUCACGUCCUGGUUAUUCAUUCAGCAUUCCAUGGUUUAUUUCUUCCAUGAGUAUGAAUUGCCAGCCAUUUGGAAUGCAAUGGAGAAUGAAACAGAUUAUGAUUCGGAUGGAUCCUACAGUUUCGAUAACUACUUGCUUCCAUCAGACGGUUCUCUCGCGGAUGAUGAGGAUGAUUCUAAUUUUCAGGAAACCUCCGCACCUAGUCAGGAGUCCAGUUUCGAUGAUAAUAUUCCAACCUCCUCUGAGGUGACUGAUAGUGGAGAUACAUCUUAUUCGCACUCAAGUAUUUCUGUUGCCAAGAGAAGAUAAGUGAACAGUGCAAGAGGAAACGGGUCAGCUGUGUAAGGAAAUUUGCAUGCUGUUGCAUGAGCCAAGAAGCAAGUCAUUUAUAUUGCAAAAAUUUAUUUAUUAUCUUUCCAUUUGAUGAUGAAAGUUAUGUUAUUGCAUGUAGAGCUGGGAUUGUGGAUUUUAAAAGUUCUUUAAUGGUGGUUAUCAAAUCAGUGUAAAGAUAGUAUCGUUUUUAUGUUCAUAUAUCUCUGCGGGGUAUAUUUUUUAAGUCAAUAAAUUUGCAUGAUCUUGUGCAAUUUGAUGUUUUUAAAGUUCAUGUGUUGAUGUAUGUAAAGUGUUUAAUUUAUUCUAUAUGUAUAUAAAUACUCAAUUUAUAUAUAUAAUAUAUAAAACUGGCUUAAAAUUGACUGAAAAAAAAUGAAGCCAGAAGUUGAAUUGAAGCCACUUUUUAAGCUAUCAAAUAAAGUAUUUAAUCAUUACAAAGUUAUUAUUAUUGGCUCAAAGAGUGCAGAUCAGAAAAGUUAGACUUUAAUGAAGAAAAAUUCAAUUUUUAAUUUAAAAAAUAUUAGUUAUGUUUUAAGAGUUUUUUUUUUAUAUAUUAUUUUUUUAAAGUUUCAGAAAAGUUUUAUUUAAAAAAAAUAUAUUUUUAAUUGGUCAAGGAAUUAGCAUUAUCAAUUGGCCAAGGAAAAAUUCCUAUCUGAUACUUGAAUUAGCAGAAUUGAAAGACCCAUUAUGGUGAUGCAAACUUCUGCUGUGCUAAUGUCAGUAAAAAAUUUUUUAGUCUUAUUAAAAUGGCAUUUACAUAAAUUUGCAAUGAUUUAAUUGCAAAUUUUCUUCGGACUUUGUUAGUUUUAUCUAUUUCUUUGACAUUCCAAUUCAUUUCAUUUGAGAUAAGCCAAUAAUUACAUUAACUCUAGACUAUCUUUAUUCAGUUGUCUUCCCUUUUUGAUCAGAAUAUUUUCUUGAUUUGAAUAUACUACAGGAAAUCGGCUACUGAAAAUGCACUUAAUAAAGUAAUCAAAAAAUAUUUCAUUAAAAUCAAUCACUCGGUUAUAAAAUAAUGUUAAUAUUUUUUGUUCAGAAUUAAUCUUACCAUUUUGAUCUGAUUCCCUGAUAUUUGUAAUCAAUAAAAAUGAGUUAAAUCUACUGAAUAAUAUUCAAUAUACUGAAAUGUAAAUAUAUUUUUGUUACAAGAAAUGUGUUCCAUUCUUAUUUUUUGUAUUAAAAAUAAAUUUCCUAUUCCAACUGUUUGUUAAUUUAUAGAAUAAUAAUUUUUUUUUGAUAUUUUAGUUUUUAUGUAAUAGUUUAACUGGAAUGCAAAUAUUUGAUUUUAAAAUGACAGAAAAAUUAAAUUUUUAUAUUAAAAAUUUAAGAUAUUUAAAAUUAUAGGGUAUCUGAGAAGACUUGAAUAUGUUGCAAAAUUAUGCAAUACAUGGAUAAAGAAACUAAAAGGCUUUACUGACUCUCCAUAGAGUUUUGAAAAUUAAUAUAUUUUUAUGUAAAAUCCCUUGAUUGUGUUGAAUGUGCUCAUUAUUUAAUUCAUGUCACGCAUAUUCAAAAGUCCAUAAAGUUUUGAAUUAAAUAGCAGCUCCGAUUGCUUUAAAUCCUUGAAAUGAAUGCAAGGUUUUUGAUACACAAAAUCUUUCAUUUAACCUCGCAUGAAGGAAUGUAAUCUAGAGAUCUUGCGACAUGUAUACUGAUUAAAAUUUUUUCAUACAGUGCUCAUCAGCCUGCACUUAGCCAUUUCUAUUGGAAUUCUGUCAAAUAACAAUAUUAUGAAGCAGAACCUUAGGAGCUAUAUUAAUAAUAUGUGAAAGAGCGAAAACCACCAUUUCUAGUUUGUUUAACAUCAUCAUGCAGUAUACAUAAGAUUUUCAGACACCCUAUAUCUAAAAUAAGAUAAAUCUUAAGACUUGAUAUGUAACUUUGUAUAAGAAUUCAUUAAAAAAUUUUCAAGUUGAAAUUUAUGAUAUCCUGAGUGUUUUUUAAAGGAUAUUUUACCUAAUAUAUAUUUAAUUUCAAUGCAUGCUAUGAGAUCUAAUUAUUAUUUUUUUAUAGUUCUGAAGGGGAUAUAUAUUUUAGUGCAUCUUUAAUCUAGAACUCUAGAUGUAUUAUUUUCCAUUUUAAAUCAAGAAAAUCCCAUGGCUAUUGUUUGUUUGUUGAAUUAGUUUCUAUUGAAACUUAAUUUCUUUGUCUUUUCAUGUAUUUAAUUGGGUCAUUCAUUGAAUUAUAUUUAUUUUGUUUCCAUAUAUAUGUUUACUAAGGAGCUCGAGUUUGAUAUGUUUUAAGAGCUUUAUGUUCUUUUUAAGAGGACAAUAGUUGAUUUAAUCUGUGUAUGGAAUGGAAAUUUUAGAUUUUUUUUUAAUCAAAUUGAGCUUUAUUAUUUUUAUAUGUUGUAUUUGUUUUCAUUUGCCGGUGAUUUAGUACCAAUAUUUAUUUAUAGAUUGCUAUUCUUUUUUCUUCCUUUUGAUUAGUAGUUGUAAUUGCAUUAAGUUGUUUCCUCCACACACACAUAUAAAAAAAAAUUGUAAAAUAUGAUUUUUUUAAAAAAAAUUCCAAAAUAAAUAUUUGUAACCAAUUAUUAUUAUUUUUUUUUACAUUCAUAUUUAUUCAUUUUAUAGGUAGAUUCUCCCUAAUUGAAAUAUUGCAUGACUCCUUUCUAUGUAUUAUAUGUGUGUGCAUAUACAUAUAUGUGUGCACUUCUUCAAGUGCAUAUUCAAUGCGAAUUUUGAAUGCAUUGAAAUUUUUUUAAGACUUAUAUGUUCAUACAAGCAAAUGCAAUUUUUAAAAAAAUAAAAAUGAAAUUAUUUGAUUGCAUAUUUAUUUUUUGAAACAUGAUUUACAUUAUACUUUUUUUGUAAAUAAUUAUUUUUUAUUUCAAAAUUUUUCAUAAGCAUUUAUUUCAAAAUGUGUUUAUUCUAUUCUAAAUCUGAGGUUUAUUUAUUAAAACAGAUGUUUUGAAAUAAUAAUUUUAUUUAAUUAUUUUAUUGUUCCUUAAUUUCAUAUAUUUAUAUAAUUUGUUAUUUUUGUUUUUUUAUGAAUUCGCAGGAUUAUUGGAAGUAAUAUUUUUUCUGCUCCCUCUAUAUUUUAUUUGAAUGAUGAAACUGAUGAGAUGAGUAAUUGAAUAGAGGCAACUGUUUUGCCUUUAAUCAGUUUAAGUACUUGCCCUUGAUGUCAGGCAUGUUUGGAGUGAGACAUUUUAAUUGUACUUCUUGAAAUAUGUUUAUUAAUUUUAUAAUGUAUUAUCACUGUUCUUUCAUAUUGUUCAUUAAUCCUCAUUGUUGAGUUUCAUUUUAAUGCAAUCGUAUCUGAUAUUACGUUCAAAAAGUUCCUGAACUAAUUUGUGUUGAAGUUUUUUUUCAAAUGUAAAUGAAUUAUGUCAAUUCCUACAGUGCGGAUGAAGAGCACCGUCUGACAGAUUAAUCAGAACUAAUUUCAUCCUUUUAAUAUAUAUGCGACAUAGAUAAGCUUGCUAUUUCAGGCAUUCGAAAUUUCCCUUCGUGGGGGAAGGCAUAUUUUUGGGUUCUCUGUCAUAAUACGUCACUGGUUCCUUCAAACCUAAGAUGAUUUGUCGAAACAUCAGGCUCCAAUACUUUUAUUACCAGUGUAUUUCCAAACUCGUCCUACACAGGUUUUUUUUUUUGUCUGAAGAAUUUAUGUAAGGGACAAGUAUAAUGAUGGAGGCACUGGAAGAGGCGAAAAAAGGAGGCUUGUUGACAAUGUUUACAUUUGCAUUUUUGCCAUUGUUUGUACAUAGCUGCACAAUAUAGUUACUUUGAAGUAAAAGCUGAAUAAACCGAUUUGAUCUGUGUUCAUUUUGCUGCAAUAAAAUGAACAAUUAACGCAAUAAAUAAAAUUUUUGGAACGUUAAAUUAUUAUUUUUUAUCUCUUUUUAUGCAGAGACCGCUUGCAUAUAUUCUGUAGUAUUCUAUGUUCCAGUUUGCAUGCAUUGUUUUUCAUAAAUUAAGAAAAAAAAUUGUUCACUCGCAAAAGAAAACGGCUAAUAGCUCUGUUGGUUUAAAAUGAAAUUGGCUGAACUGACCGUUUUGAGAAAAGUAAAUUCUGCUCGCUUUUGAGCAUAUGCUAUUCCUCUUUGAUAUCUCCAAAAUAGGGGAGAGAUCUAAAAUGGAAAGAAAAUUUAAGAUUGUGAUAGAAUUUCUCAUGUUUUUAUGGUUUGCUGUGUUUAUUGUCUACAGGAGCGUUCCUAAUCGAGACAAGUAAACAUCUGUAUCAUUUAACAUCUAAUUGCAUGUUGUCGGCGCCAACUUCACUUUCUGAUUUCUCAUGCAAAAUAUGCAGUUGAUUUCAAUAUUAAAUUGGCAUGGCACAUUUCAUAUAUAGUUGAAUGUUAGUUGAAAUUAAACAGGCUGAUUAAAAGGAAUCAAUUACCAUUCAUAGUUUUUGAGCUUAGUUUAUAUAUUUUCUAAUAUAUUUAUUGUCUUAAAGAAUUUUACACAGAAAAAUUGCCAUAAUAAUAAUAAAAUGUAAACUCUAUUGGGAUUUUAUUAUAGAAUUCAACAUGGGAAGGAAUUAAGAACAAAAGAAUGAGGGGAACAAUAAUUAAAUGUUUAAGGUUAUGAAAAAUGUUAUAUAUUAUGAUGAAUUCUUUUUGAAAUAAUAUUUAGUUACUAAAUGAUUGAAUGACUGCUAAAUUGAGAUCAGUAACUUGUAUAUUUAUUUUAAUUUAAAGAUAGUGCAGAAAUUAUUUUUCAUUUUUGACUGUAAAUGACAAAUCUUUGCUUAAUUUUUAAUUAAUAAAAUUUCUAAUUAAAAUUUCAAAAUUCCCCAGAAGGACACAUUAUCUAUUUCCAAAUCAUCGCUAAAGGAAAUCUGGUAUAUCCUGGGGUAUGCCAACAGAGAGACAAAUAUUCGAGUUAAUUGUUACUAAUAAAUGCAACUAGAACUUUGUUGUCUCAAAUUCAGUAAUUAAUACUCAUACUAAUAAAAGUUUUUUUUUUUUCCUUCCCGAUUUUCGAAUUCAAUUUCUUUGCGAGACUGACAACUUUUAUUACAUGAGUGAGUGAAUUUUUUCUCCUACUUUCUCUUCUGAUUAAUUUUUGAAAAAUAUUGGAAAAUAUUUUGAAUCUUUUACCUUUCUAUCAUAUUUUAAAAUGAAAAAUUUAGGAAUCGCUUGACUUCGACUUUAGCCAACACUCGGCAUUACCGUUAUUCUAUUUCUAAUGCCAAUCAUUAAGUUAAAUAUUUCCUCAUUUCACUGCUCUAAUGUAGGAAAAAUCUCGUAUUUAAUAAUAUUCUUUGAUUUCUUUAAAAAUUAAUUAUUAAAAUUUUUAUAGGUUUUUCCUGAUGUAUGGAAACUAGCCGUUUUCAUGCUAUUAAUAAGUACAAGGGAUUAUUUAUCUUUGUGACUUAAAAUCUUCGGUUAUAAUUUAUUUCAUUAAUAUUUUGUUGCUAGGUUACAAUAAAUUUGAAAAAAAAAAAAAAAACUUAAUGUUAUUAAAUCGCAAUGAAAAAAAAAUUCUUCCAGUUUUAAUACAUUUUAAAUUUUUAUUUUAGAAGUAUUUGCUUAUUUAUGUAUUUAUUUAAUACAUUAAUUAACUUUUUUUCUUGUAUUUUUCUAUAUGAUAUAUGAUUUUUAAAAAAUUCUUACUUUAAUCGCUACAGAUAAUUUACUUUUAAAUUGAAAUUAAAACUUGAACACAAUAAAAGUAAAAUGAUUCAAUGUUGAAGAAGGAAAAAAGUCUUUAGAAUCAUUUGUUUAAGUUUUUUAAAGAAAUGUUCUUGUGAAAAAUGUGAAAAUGAAAGAAGUAAUAUAUAAAAGAAUUGCCGAUUUGUUUCGAGUGUUUAUUUUAGAAAAGAAACAUGAAUGCGAUUAAUAGUAAUGUUAUUAAUGUUUUAUAUAAAGGGGGCGAAACUUAUUACAAAUAUUUGUAUUUGCAUUGCUUCAGUGUUAAUAUUGCAUGAAAAAAAUGCAUGCGUGAAAACGUAUUUGUUAUUCAUAAAAAACAACAUAUGUUUACUAUAGAUGUCUAAAUAUUUGUUCCUAUUUUGUUUUUAACUAGAUCUCUAUUGUUGUUAAAUUAUGUGUUCUAUUCGAAUUGUUGUAUAUUCAGAUGUAAAUCCGUUUUCUUAAAAUUCCAAAUUAAUUUUGUUGAAAUUAAAAAUUUUAAAAAAGUAUGUGUUCUCUAUUGUGAAUGUAUGCAAGAAAAUACUAAUUAUUGUUUUCGUUGUUAUUCGACUGGGUCUUUCUUUUGUGUCAUAUGUGUUGUAGAUGUAUUCGACGGUGUUUCAUCAUAGUUUCCAACUGUUCUAUAAAAAAAUGAAAGACUCUGGAUGUAAAAUUUGUUUUUCUAUGUUUGAAAAGGGCUUUCAAUAAAGACAAA